AUGGACUUCUCUUCUUUCCUCAAUAUAGAACACGGAGAAAAAUUGGAAGUUCUUAGGAGGGAAAUGGAGAACUUUGAAUUAUGGACAGCUAGUGGGCAUCCGUCAUUGCUUUUGCUAAACCUAAUGGGACCAAAAAUAUCAAACGUGAUUGAUCAUCCCAUGUUUUGGGAUUCUACGAAGAGACCGUUGUUUCUAUGCGAUGCCAGCGACAAACCGCAAUUAGAACAAUUCGCUUCAAAUCUUAGGAAAGAAAUUCAUAUGGGGGCAACAUGGAUUCUUCCCGGUCAUAAAGAUUGGCACAAGAUGGUAGAUGGUGAUAUUUUGUUGAAUUUAUUUGCCCAUGAGCUCGGUGUGCAACACAGGUUUGCUCACGUGGUAUCUUUUCUGCGAGCUAUUAGGAAUCGCUUCAACCAUCACAUAGAAACCCCACACCUUCAGCAGAUCGAAGGGCCAUCUCCCGAUGGCUUUGAUGCAUAUUACUCUAGUCGAUUUCCUGCUCUUUUGAUGCAUGUAUAUUUAGUUAUGUAUAGAAACCGUGGUGGGGAAGAAGUUUUCGGGAAGUACUUUACUUUCUUUAUAGAUUAG